AUGGCUUCAAUAGGAAGACCGAGAAAUCCCGAUGAUUGUGAUGACGAAAAUAUCCAAAUGUUUGUUUCUUCAGCUGCCAUGGAAACCGAAAUAAUUAUCAAAACUAAAAACGGUGAAACAUUUUGUAAGAGAAUGGAGCUGGAGAGAGAAUAUUCCGAGGAAACGAAACGAAAACAUGAACAAAUUAUUCGAAAAUUAUUGGAAGAGUUCGAUCUGGAACAAACUAAGGAUAAAUAUCGAACAGGGAAAAAUAUCGAAUACAGACCGCCAUCAACUGGGUAUAUACUGUCUUCUAUCUUAUCUAUGUACCAGAUACAUACUGUCUUCUGUCUUAUCUAUAUACAAGGUAUAUACUGUCUUUAUUCUAUCUAUAUACUAGGUAUAUACUGUCUUUAUCUUAUCUAUAUACCAGUUAUGUACUGUCUUCUAUCUUAUCUGGAUGCAAGUUAUAUACUGUCUUCUAUCUUAUCUGGAUGCCAGGUAUAUACUGUCUUCUAUCUUAUCUAUAUACCAGGUAUAUACUGUCUUCUAUCUCAUCUGGAUGCCAGGUAUAUACUGUCUUCUAUCUUAUCUAUAUACCAGGUAUAUACUGUCUUCUAUCUUAUCAUUAUAUCAGGAAAAUACUGUCUCUUAUCUUUAUACAAGGUAUCUACGUUUUAUUAUUCGAACCAUUCUAGUCUACGUUGGUCUAAAAAGGUUUUAACUGAAGUCUUCAAACGUUGUAGUGAAAGAAAUGGUUUAUUUAGGAACGUCUACAUGUAUUGA